AUGGCCGAACCAAAAGCAGACGCCAAGCCGGCCCCAUUGGCCAAUGACGACAACGACAUCGACGACCAGUACGAGCGCCUCGAAGACGCCGGCGCGCUGAGUCCUGACGAGCUCGAAGACAACGAAGAGGGCGGCGAAGACGCGCCGACACCCCCGGAAGAGGGCUGCGAUGGACACCGGCCGGUGCUGUUCCGCUCGCGCACGGCGCGCACGUCGCGCACAAGCCUGUCACGGCGGACGACGGCCGAAGCUACGGGCGCUGAUGGCAGUGGCAGUGGCAACAAUACUGGCCGCCGGCCGUCGACCGCCAGCAACGCCGCCAGUGUGACGCGCACGCAGUCCAUGCUGUCGCGCAUCCGCUCGCGUCGCAGCAUGCCCGGCGCGCAAGCCAAUGGCAUGCCGGUCUUUUCGCACCCGCUCGGCCGCGUGCAGACGACCAGGGACGUGCUCGUGGACUUUGACGGCCCCGACGACCCGUACCGCCCCCUCAACUGGCCGACGCGCAAGAAGAUUCUGACGACCAUGGUCUACGGCUUUGUGACCAUGACGGCCACGUGGGCGUCGUCGUCGUACUCGGCGGGCACGGCCGCCGUGGCGGCCGAGUUCGCCGUGUCGGCCGAGGUGGCCACGCUGGGCACGGCGCUGUUUCUGAUGGGCUUUGCCGUCGGCCCGCUGCUGUGGGCGCCGCUCAGCGAGGUCUACGGGCGGCGCAGCGCCGUGCUGACGCCCAUGUUCGUGGCCGUGUGCUUCUCGUUUGGCAGCGCGACGGCCAAGGACUUCCAGACGCUGAUGCUGACGCGCUUCUUUGGCGGCUUUUUCGCGUCGGCGCCCGUCACCAACACCGGCGGCGUGCUGGGCGACCUCUUCUCGCCCGCGUGGCGCGGCAUCGCCAUGGCCGGCUACGCGAUGGCCGUCGUGGGCGGCCCCGCGUUGGGCCCCAUUGUGUCGGCGGCCGUGGUGAUCCAGCCGUCGCUGGGCUGGCGCUGGACCGAGUACCUGACGGGCAUCCUGCAGGCGUUUGUGCUCGUGGUGGCCAUUGUGCUGAUUGACGAGUCCUACGGCCCCGUCCUGCUCGUCUACAAGGCGCGCCGCCUGCGCCACGAGACGGGCAACUGGGCGCUGCACGCGCGCUUCGAGGAGUGGGACGUCAGCAUCCGCGAGCUGGCCAGCAAGUUCUUGGUGCGCCCCAUCCAGCUGCUCCUGACGCCCAUUUGCUUUCUGGUCGCCUUGUAUGCCAGCUUCUGCUACGGCAUCCUCUACAUGCAGCUCGGCGCCAUCCCCAUCAUCUUUGGCGAGAUCCGCGGCUGGGGCCACCUGGUGGCGACCCUUCCGUUCCUCGGCAUCCUGCUGGGCGCUGCCAUCGGCGCCGCGGCGAACGUGUACAACCAGACGCUGUACAACAAGGCAUACCAUGCCGCCGGCAACCGCGCCGUCCCCGAGAAGCGCCUGCCGCCGAUGAUGCUGGGCUCCGUGCUGUUCAGUGGCGGCCAAUUUCUGACGGGCUGGACCGGCGCCCGCACCGACAUCCACUGGAUUGCGCCCGUCAUCGGGCUCGUCAUGACGGGCUCUGGUUUCUUCACCAUUUUCCAGGCCGCCAUCAACUACUUGGUGGACACCUUCCAGACGUAUGCCGCCUCGGCCAUUGCCGCCAACACCUUUCUGCGCUCCUGCUUUGCCGCCGCCUUCCCCUCCGUCGUCUCCGCCCUCUUCCACAAUCUGGGCGUCGGCCCCGGCUCGAGCAUCACGGGCGGCUUUGCCGCGCUGCUGAUCCCAGUGCCGUUUGUCUUUUACAUCUACGGCAAGCGCAUUCGGGCGCGCUCGAAGUGGUCCAAAGCGUCCGUAUUUGAUUAG